AUGUCAGAAGGCAUGAAGUCAAGCAGUGUAUCUCAGGACGAGGAUGCGGGGGCAAACGGAACCGAAGAUGAAGAGCUAUCGCGCGCAUGCAGUCCUUAUAUGCGGAGGCAGAAUCGCAAGAAGUUUGCGUGCGUGGAAUGCAGGCAGCAGAAGUCCAAGUGCAACGCACAUGAUCGGGCGCCGGAGCCUUGUAGUCGAUGCGCGAAGAAGAAUGUGCCAUGUGUGCUGCAGCGAGAUUUCCGACGGACGUACAAACGGGUGCGGAAUGAGGUAAUCGAGCGCCGGUUUCGAGAACUGACAAGCUCUCUGAGCAACUUGGGGGCGGAGGAGAUCCUGCAGCGCCUAGAGGAGGAGCAGCGGGUUAUCUCGAACAACGGUAACUUUACAAAGGAGAAGAUCAAGCGGCUACGGGAGCUGGGCGACCUGGGGCUGGAGGCUGCACGGGCACCGGAGCCUCCUGCGGCACAGACAGAGCUGGAGGAGAGCGGGCCACUCACUGCAGAGCAACUGAAGUGCGCGGCCAAGAGCCUGGGCGACGUGCACCUGGCACCGGAGGAGAUUGCGCACGUGUUCCAGGAGUACGCGGAGAGGUACCACCGGUUUCUGCCUGUGGUUGAAAUUUCGAAGGGCCCUGAGAAGAUCUACGCGCUGUCGCCCUGCCUAUUUUGGGUGAUCGUUUUGAUUGGGCUGCGACGCGAGUUUGGCACGAUAGAGACGAUGCGCAAGCUGUCGAAGUUGGUCAAGGUUGUGCUGGCGGAGAUUUCGGUCUCUCCAAUUAUAAGAAACUCGCAGCUGGAGACAUCGGAACCUGCGCUGAAUGUUGCGUCGGUCUACUCCGUGCAGGCUUUACUACUCUACACAUACUGGCCUCCGCUCACCUCGUCGCUCAGCGCGGAUACAUCGUGGAAUACCAUAGGGCUCACCAUGUUUCAAGCGAUUCAACUUGGACUAAAUACCGUGCAGUACUCGGAAGGGUUCACUCAUGCGAAUGCUGAGCUUGUACGAGAGCAUACCAAGACAUGGCUCUACUGCAAUGUCGUGUCUCAGACGAUAGCUUCUGCAUUCGGGUUCCCUGCCUUUGUGUGUUUUGACCAUACUGUCAUGAGCACAUUUAACCACAGCAUCAGCACAGCGCGCACAGCGCGUAUGCCGUCGCGGCUAAAACAGAUGGCACAGGUGGCACAUUUUGAGAACCAGUUGGCUAGCACUAUGCAUUCAAAUCCACUCUCACCAUCCGGCCUACUAAACAAAAAUGAAAUGCUCCCAUUACUGCGCAUCCUGGAUCGUCAGCUGGAUGUGUUAGAGAUGGAGUUAAAUGAUAGUAAUGCCGACGAAUUUCGGCGCUUUUCAUUCCUUGUCAGCAAGGUACAUCUGUACUCGUAUUACUUCAUCCUAGCCGGCGAAGGGUCCACUUCCCAGAUAGAUGGCCACAGUGCAACCCUCAGGGAGGCAGAAAUUGACUCAGUAACCAAGCACGGAUUGCUGAAGGCAUAUAAUGCAGCUGUUGCCCUUUUACAACACACAAAUAGCAUGUGGGAGAGAAACCCAUCAAUGGUCAAGUACUUUCCUGGUGUGUUCGUUCUCAGUAUAUGGCAAUCUGCAUGCAUUGUGGCCAAACUCGCCCAGUCCUCCCUUUGCGAAGUGCUCGAUAUUGCGCUAGGUGAGAAAGUCUACCAGAAUGCCGUGUCUCUCUGUUUCAAUGCCUCAGUUCUAAAACAUGACAUGGCCUACCGUUCGUCUGGUAUCAUGAAGAGCAUGUGGCUUAUGUUCAGCGACAUGCAUGACAAUUGGAAUCACCAGGGGCAGCCAUCAGAUCCACUGUCGCCUUCUUCUUUCAACUUGGCAAUCAAUGUCAAAAGCAGAAUGGCCGUCAGUGUGUUCUUUGACUGUCUCUAUAUUCUCCGCCGCAAGUGCGGUAUGGCUAAGCUGCGCAGGCAGGCACGCAGGCGACCCGACGACACUGAUAUUGCGACCACACAGAGUGCUGGGAAUGACCGCUCAGUGUCCAUGGCCAUAGACAGUUCACAGAACCCCGUAGAGAGUGCUCGCCGCAUUAUCCAGACCAUCCCCCUCGACCCAGAGCCAAUUAAUGCAUCCACCGCCACAGACGCCUCUUCCUGCGACUCUGGGUCUGAUGAAGCCCUGUUGCUCCGCAAAAUUCUCCACCAUACAUCGUCCAUUGCAGACGGACAUUCACUCCGGACUGCCGCCUCCGGCGGCACGCCCAUUCCCGCGGAGAGUACCCGCCCGUUCUCGGACAGCCGUGGCGCUUCUGUUCAGCCGUCAACUCACGCCACGACGCUGCACCACUCUGUGUUUGACCGCCCCGGGGGGGCUUACCGCAGCGUCUCCUCCGUCGACACAACUGUCUCCGGCAUACUGCUUGAUACUUCCGCGCGUCUUCCUGAGCACUCAACUGACCGUUCUGUCCCAGAACCAUACAAUGCCAUUUCUGACCUCCAGUCUUCUGACCUCCAGCCAUCUGACCCUGCAACUCGGUCUUGGGGGAGCUGGGACGAGUGGGAGUCCGAUCUCAUAUUUAAGGAUGUCGGCAUUCUGAUGAAUGAAUUUGCAUUUAACCCUGAGGUUCUAUAA